UUGACCAACAUAAAUGAUACCGCAGAGUCACUGGAAGGUGAGAAUGGUGGUUCUUACACAAAACGGUUGAAGCAUAAUGAUGGCUGGCGCUAUCUCGUGCGGAAUUUCACACCUACGCAUGUGUCUCGAGCUUGGUUCUCGGUCAAUAUGGGCACCGGGAUUACUUCUAUUCUGCUCAACACUUUACCCUAUAAUAGCAGAUGGUUAUACUGGAUAUCAGUGGUGAUAUUCUGUUUGAAUAUUCUCCUCUUCAUCUUCGCCGCCAUAACCAUCUUGCGAUAUGUCCUUUACCCGAAGAUCGUCUACCUCAUGGUGACUCAUCCCACACAAUCCCUUUUCCUUGGAACUUUCUCUAUGGGACUUGCUACAAUCAUCAAUAUGAAUUGCUAUAUCUGCGUACCAGCCCGGGGAAACUGGACUGUUUACUUUGCCUGGGCUCUGUGGAUUGCAGAUGCUGUUGUUUCUAUCAUAACAUGCUUCGGGAUACCAUUUAUUAUGACCGACUCGGUUUCUAGGAUAACUCGAACGGCCGGUAUCGAGCUACAGGCGAUGGGCGGCGCUUGGCUGCUUCCCAUUGUGUCUUGUGUCGUUGCGGCGGCAUCGGGAGGUAUUGUGGCUGAUUUGCUCCCGGAUCCACAGCAUGCUCUAGGGACUAUCAUCGUGAGCUAUGUUCUAUGGGGUGGUGGAGUGCCCCUGGCAAUGAUGGUAAUUGUCAUUUAUUUGAUGCGCCUCAUGCUGUACAAAUUACCAUAA